AUGCCUCCUAAACCAACCAGUGGAAGGAAUCAACAAGUAGAGGAGCCCGAAGCUGCCUCUAGCAAUCCAGCCAUGGAUGAUAUACAAAGAACCUUGAACCAACUUGUUGGUAGCAUGAGAGAGUUGUUUGAUGCAAAUAGAGAAAUUAGAGAGGAGAUGCACACUUUGAAGGAAGAAGUGCAAAUUGAUGAAAGUGAUGAUGCAAUGGAGGCACGGUUUAUAAGGGGUUUAAAUAGGAAUAUUAGAGACCAAGUGGAGAAUGAAGCAAUGAAGUGCAAUUCAUUAGAAGAAGUUGUUGCUUUUGCUGAUUUGAUUGAGAAACACUUGAAGGAGAAAGAGAGCCGUUCUAGGUUCACUCCGGGAGGCUCAACCAGCAAACCAACACCACCAAAGAAGCUAAUGCCGAGUUCUUCCACCAGUCAACCCAAGAUAGUUGUCAAGCCAACCGUGAAUAACCUACCAAAGAAGGUGAUCACUCCACCUCAAGGACAAGAAAGAAGAGUUUAG